AGGAAAGGAAAACACUACAGACAGACUGUGCUCCGCUCGGCUAGCCUCAAACACCAUCUUGAAUAGAAAGGGGGUUUAAACCGUGAGAAAACAGGAGUAAAGCGGCCACUGGAGGAGUCAACCCGUUAUUUUUGCCUGUGUUUUAAACCCUCUCGGGUCACUCUGGCGCAGUUAUAGUCAUGGAUUUGCGCGUUUAUAGCACAAAAUAAAGGCGCAUACGUGAGGAGAUCGGAGGCACUUGUUAGCCGCUAGCCUGCUAGCUAGGGGGAGGGGCGAGGGUUUUGAGGAUUUUUUUUUCUCCGCAGCCGAAGUUGUUUGUUUAUGUUAUUCCAGACGGACAUGUCCUCUUCUAACCCAGACUUACCAGACCCAAAUCUGGGUAUGGGGGCAAGUGGUACCCAAGGAAGUGGUGGGGCUGUUGUACCAAAAGGGACAAACAAAAGAAGAGCUGCACAAGACUUUGAUGAUGACGAAGGGAGCAAGUUGUUCAGGUGUGACGAUGAUACAGGAGGCUCCAAUGACAAAGAGCGCUUUGCCAGGUUUUUGGAAGAAGAUCAGAGUUUUGGAGAUAAGGAAAAACAAGCCAGGGAGAACCAUAGUGAGAUUGAGAGGCGGAGACGGAACAAGAUGACCGCUUACAUCACAGAAUUGUCAGACAUGGUGCCCACCUGCAGUGCACUAGCACGGAAACCAGACAAACUCACCAUCCUGCGAAUGGCCGUGUCUCAUAUGAAGUCUCUGAGAGGAAGCGGCAAUACCAACUCAGAUGGGUCGUACAAACCUUCCUUUCUCACUGACCAGGAACUGAAGCACCUCAUCUUGGAGGCAGCCGACGGCUUCCUGUUCGUGGUGUCAUGUGAGACUGGCCGCAUUGUUUACGUCUCAGACUCCCUGACACCCGUCCUUAACCAGGCCCAGUCUGAAUGGCUCGGCUCCUCUCUUUAUGAUCAGCUUCACCCAGAUGACACAGAAAAGCUCAGAGAGCAGCUCUCUACCGCCGAGAAUAACAACACAGGGAGGAUGUUGGACUUGAAGACGGGGACAGUGAAGAAGGAAGGCCAGCAGUCGUCAGCCAGAAUGAGUAUGGGAGCCCGACGAUCAUUCAUCUGCAGAAUGAGGUGUGGCUCUUGUCCUGUGGAACCAUUGUCCAUGAACAGACUGAACUUUCUGAGGAAUAGAAACAGGAAUGGUUUGGGUGCAGCCAAGGAAGGGGAUCCCCAGUAUGUAGUGGUCCACUGUACAGGAUACAUCAAGUCCUGGCCUCCUUCAGGAAUGUCAUUAGCAGAUGACGAUACAGACAACACUCAGGGGAGUCGCUACUGUCUGGUUGCAAUUGGGAGAUUACAGGUGACUUGUUGUCCAGGGGACACAGACAUCAACAGUAUCAGUGUUCCAGUGGAGUUCAUCUCGCGCCAUAACUGCCAGGGCAUGUUCACCUUUGUAGAUCACCGCUGCAUGGCCGCUGUUGGCUACCAGCCCCAGGAGUUAUUGGGGAAGAAUAUUCUCGAGCUCGCCCACCCUGAAGACCAGGGCUUACUGAGAGACAGCUUCCAACAGGUGGUGAAGCUGAAAGGCCAGGUCCUGUCAGUGAUGUUUCGGUUUCGCUCCAAAUCGCGAGAAUGGAUCUGGAUGAGAACCAGCUCCUUCACCUUCCAGAAUCCAUUUUCGGAGGAGAUUGAGUACAUCAUCUGUACCAACGUCAACGUCAAAAAUUCGACCCAGGACCCCCUCACUCCCAUCUCUUCCCCUGGGGGUUCGCUGCCCCCCUCCCUGGGUCAGGGCAGCCCAAACUGCCCUCCUGUAAUGCUCAGCCCUGGGCAGGUGGCCAUCAGGCAGUUACAGCAGCAACAGCAGGCCGAGCUCGAGGGAGGCGGAGCCAGAGACGGCCUAUAUGAGGCAGGACCUAUCACCCUCUCACAGAUGCCGGCGCAGCCAGUGACGGCAGCAGGUCCGGACCACAGCAAGAGCCUUGAGAAGCCGGAGCUCUACCCCUCCCUCUUCCAAGGCCCAGAUCAGACUAAGGGCCUGCCCUCCACCUCUGCUCCCGCCACACAGAUCUACCCUGCAGCCAACAACUUCACUGUUGGUCGUUCCAGUGAUGCAUACAGGCCAGUCAACAUGACUCCACAGAUGGCACAGCCAGCCCACUCAGCAGGGCAGAUGCUUGCUCAGAUGUCUCGUCAGAAUGGAGCCCCGCAGACAGUUACUCCCUCCAGCACUGGCAGCCCCCUCCAUGGAGGACCAGCAGGCGGAUGGCCUGGAGUUGCAGCUGGAGCCAGACCGCAAUUUAAUAACCAGCAGGUGGCUCCCCAGGCAGCAAAGACCAUGUCUCCACAGUUUGCUCCCAUGGGAGGAUUUGGCGGUGGCUCUUCUUCCUCUUUUGGCCAGAUGCCUACAGGUGCUGCUCCCACUCCAACCAACAACGCAAACUACCCGCCCAUUAAUGCACGCGCCAACCUCAACACCAACGGUUAUGAUGGCUCUCAGUCUGGGGCUCAGUUCCCCUCUCGAGCAGCGGAGGCGGUGUGGCCUCAGUGGCAGGGCCAGCAGCACUCACAGGGUAAUGCAGAGCAGCAUCCUCAUGCUCAGGGCAACCAGCAAGACAUGUUUCCCGACGUGUUGUCUAUGCUGGACCAGCCUAACAACUUCAAUGGCGAUGACUUUGAGAUUCCCAUCUACCCUUCGUUCGACCAGUGACCUUGUCAACACCUCUCAGCUGGUCUACCCCUUUUGUCUUCUUGACUGUUUUUGCCCUCGUUCUUUCUUAUAUUAUAUAGCUCUUACAGCUCUUCUGCUCCUCUUCUUCCUGCUCCUGAGAGUAGCACUCUUCCCUUGCUUUGCAUGGCUUAACUUGCACUGCCACAAGCCAGUUAAAGAUGGAGGGAUAUAUCUGACUGCAGACGUAAAAGGGGAGGAAAAUCAAGGAUUUGCUACUGACGAAAAGAUAAUUAUUUUAACCAUAUUCCAGCCAUUGUAAGAGAAUUCUCUAGCUAGCACUGCCCAAAGCUCAACAGUCUAUGUUGUAGAUAUGUGUUAUAUAAUAUAAAUAUAUGAAAGCGCACAAUCACCCAAACACACUUGAAUAGACUGCACAAAACACGCUCUUACCCUCUGGUUAACGUAGACAGGAAGUAAGCACAUACACAAACACAGACAACGGCCUUUUAUUCUAAUGUGUUCCUAGUUUGUCUCAGGCAUUGAUAAAGAGUGUAUUUUUGCUGUCUUACCCUCUUAGCAUGUGGACUAAUCACUCCAAUCAUUGAUUUAAACUCUCAGGAAAUUGCAGGGAUAUACAGCUUUUUUUAUUAAUUCUCCGCUGUUGCACGCAAACUACCACUAUCUGUGCUAAUCUCACUCACAGAUUCAACUCCACAGCAUGCCUCUGCAUGUCACCACCGCUUUCAUGGAGCGCUUCUGAGUACAGUUUUCGAUGUACAUUGGUGGCUUCACCUCUAAGUUUCACUAUUUUGUUCAUCCUCUCAAGAAACACCUGUUUUUUUCUUCUUUAACAACAACAACACACACACAGUGUUACAGUGGCUACGUACUGUUUGUCAAGGUGCCCGCUGGAAACGUAUACAAUCUAUUUUUCUUUGCCUACAUAAACAUAUAUACAGUAUGCAUGUGUGUAUGUAUGUAUAACGGAUGCGUACAGUUUAACUAUCAACUGUUACACAGUCGUAGGGUUUCUGACUUGCUUAAUAUUUCUUUCUGUCUCAUGCAUUACCCUGUACCAAGUAUGGGUUUUUGUACUCCUUUUGUAAAAGAAAUAUAAAGAAAAGAAAUCACACAGCAAUAAUUAACAAGCAGGAAUUGUGUACUUUUAAAGCCAUUCUUUAUUUGUUGUCAGAUGUUUUCCUUGAUUAAUGUUUUAAAAAUGAGAGGUGUGUUAGUAAUGUUUGAUUUAAUUGAAAUGUUCCCGAUUAUUUUGUUGUUAUUUUGACGGAUCUCUUGACCUCUCCAUUGACCUGCUCUGAUUGGUAUUUAAUAAAUGGUUUGAUCAGGGUAUUUAGGAUUUAAAAUGGAAGAAGCAGAGCUAAAAAUCAACGAGAUCUACCAGUGAAAAUUCCCUCAAAGGUUUUUAUUUUUCUUGGUGUUCUGUCCUCUUGUUUGUGACAAACAUUUGGAAUUUCAACCACGUGUGUUUAACAAUCAGCUUUUGGUAAAUUUGUAUUAUAGAAGAAUGUUGUGGUAUGAAAGAUAAUGCUUCUAAAAUAUUUUUUGAUUUUUAAUAUGUGGAAUUAGUUUAAAUUUGACCCUUUUAUUACAGUUUUCCAUCGUCUGUGUGAAACACUCACGCGUAUGGUGACGAGUUAUGUAACUGUAUGUAAACCCAUGUUAAUAAUUGUCCAGUUUUCAUCUUUAAAGGAAGACUUCACCCGCAGCAUGACCAUUUCUUUGUCAAUUAGUCACCGCGUGUUAACUUGACUUUUUCUUUUAUACCUCCACAAUGAAUGGGGAACCAAAAAAGGCAAACAUGCUUCAUGAAUUGAAGUAAGCAAGUCUUGUUUAUCCAGUCGUAUGCUCAGCUCUUCCUAACACAUGCAUUUUCACUGAAACAUUGCGAUUUAAAACACGUCAGUACAAAGACAAAGAGACAAAGACAGUCUCAGACAUGGAUGAGUGGUGUGCCUGGGCAUGUGAAUGCGUAUGAACUUUGUUCAAGUGGAGCUCAGGCACAUUUAGGGUGUGCUACUUGUAGGUGGAAAUGUUUUAUGCUUAUAUUUUUACGCUAAAAUACAUGAUUUUGGGAAGUACUGAGCAUACAACUGGAUAAAUGAGGCUUGGAUUAUACUGCAGAUGUUUUGCUGCUGUUUAUCACGGCCCCUGUGCAUGAAGAAUGCUCACCUUUUCAUAUUCUCCAUUCACUGUAGAGGCGUGUGAGAAAAACAAAGUAACUGAUCUGGAAAUGGUAAUUUUGCAGGUGAAGUAUUCUUCUAAAAGGAUGGUAUGUUGGUGACUGUGAUGUCUUUGUUAUCGGUUGCUCUGUAUCCAGGUUUUUUUUCUCCGAUGAUGUGAACUUCUAUCACUCAUAGAAACGCAAAUAUAUAAAUAUACUGUAUAUGAAAUGUUAAACGAGAGAAAGAAAUGUUUGUUUUUUGUAUUAAAUUGUUAAAUUGUCGAAAGUGAA